AUGGUGCUGGAAGGCGGGUUGCCGGCGCCGCUGCAGUUGUAUGCGGCGGCGGCGGCGGGACUGGCUCCGAGGCCGGCCUGGCCGCCGUUCCUGCCGUUCUUUGGGGUUCCGCCACCCUUCCUGGCGCGACCGCGGUUACCGCACCCAAUGCCAUCUCGCGCGCCCCAUGGGCCGCCCAGCGAGGAUUCCAAUGAGGACGGCGGCAGCAGUAAAGGUGGCGUCGGUGAUGACGAUGGUGACAGCGGGAAACGGAGACGAUCGAGGACGAACUUUAACUCCUGGCAGCUAGAGGAGUUGGAGCGGGCGUUCCUGGCUUCCCACUACCCGGACGUGUUUAUGAGAGAGGCGCUGGCGAUGCGCCUGGAUCUCAAGGAGAGCAGAGUAGCGGUGUGGUUCCAGAACCGUCGCGCGAAAUGGCGCAAGAAGGAGCACACGAAGAAAGGUCCAGGACGACCCGCGCACAAUGCGCACCCGCAGUCCUGCUCCGGAGAACCAAUCCCACCACACGAGCUUCGAGCUCGCGAGAGGGCGAGAAGAAGAAAGAAGCUGGCAAAAGCAUUAGAGCGCCAAGCCAGGAAGCUGCGUGCUAAAGGCAUCGCGGUGGAUCUCGAGGCUUUAAAAGCGGAAUACUUAGCGCAGCACAGGAACAGCGGACUUUACUCCGAUUCCGAUGGAGAAAUCGACGGAGAAGAAUGCAUGAUAGACGUUGUCGGAGGCGAUUCUUGUCACGAUUCUGGACCAGAAGACUUUUCGCUAUCGGGAAGACUUCGCGCUCCUUCUGGAACCGACGCUAUCAACAAUUCAGACAGUUCAACGUCUGAUGCUCACUCAGCGAGAAACUUCAGCCCCUUACCCGAUCCCCAGUCGUCAUUCUUCAAGCAGUUCAGCGCGGCAGCUGGUAGCUUCGACAAAUUCGAUUUCGACUCGGGAAGAGCAGUUUCCUUAGACCUAAGUGGCAGUUCCAACACGGAACAGGACCUAUCCAAAAACGGAGGAGCAAGGAAACACAAUCCGUUCAGUAUAGAAUCACUUCUUAACACGUGA